AUGAAUACGCCAUUUGAACAACAUCCAUGGGAGUUUGCAACUUGUUUGUCCAAACUCUCAUUUUGGUGGUUGCACCCAAUCCUAAAAUUUGGGUAUACAAACCAACUUAAAUGCGAACAUCUGUAUAGUGUACCAAAAGAAGAAGCCUCAGAGAAACUGACAAGAAAACUUGAAAAAGAAUGGGAAACUGAAGCUUCAAAAAAUAUUCCAACCAGUAGCAGAAAACCAAGCCUGUUUCGUGCAAUACGAAGAACUUUUGGACGUAAUUUAAUACCGUGGGUGUUCGCUGCCUUGUUUGAGGGUUUUUUCAGUAUUAUACAAUGUUUUUUUCUACAAAAACUAGUCUGGUACUUUACCCCCAAUUCCGGCAUAACUACAUUUUAUGCCUACUUGUACGCAGCCGGACUGAGUUUAAGCGUCGCUCUAAUUGUAAUUGUAAGCCAUCCGGAAUCGUUCGGACUUGCUCGGAUUGGUAUGCGUAUACGAGUUGGCUGUAGUUCUCUGAUUUACAAAAAGCUUUUGAAAUUAAAUCACGUGGCAAUGCAAGAAACCAACUCGGGCCAAGUGAUCAAUCUAUUAGCCAAUGAUGUCUACAGGUUUGAUACAGCCUUGUCGUUUAUCAAUUCGCUGUGGACUGGUCCAGUUAUGAUAAUUGUUGUGUACGCUCUGGUAUUUUUAGAGAUAGGGCCUUAUGCACUUGCCUCAUUAGUACUAACCCUUAUAAUGAUACCAUUUCAAAUAUUAAUCGGGAGACUGGAGGCACAUAUCAGAGACAAGACCGUGGUACAAACUGACGACAGAGUUCGCUGUCUAAGUGAAGUGAUCACCGGUAUGCGAGAUAUCAAGAUGCAUAAUUGGGAGGAGUUUUUCAGUAAGAGGGUUAAAAGUAUUAGGCAGGCGGAAAUCAAUCAAGUUUCGCGAAGUUCUUAUUUACAAGCAACAGUGUUCUUUUUAUACUGUUCAUGGAGUAUGUUAAGCGGUUUUGCCACGUUUUUACCAUACGUACUCAGUGGACAUUCCUUACAAGCAUAUCAAGUAUUCUACGCAUUGGCUUUAUACGAUGUACUACGUGAAUAUACAUUUUACGAUUUCCCGACUGCCUUACAAUACUCAUUUGAAGCUAUCGUGUCGAUAACACGAUUACAGAAUUUUCUGCUGCUUGAUGAGUGGAAUGGAUUCAGUGAAAACAAAAACAGUGAAAUCGUUGCAGUUGGGAGUAUUGAUGUUAAAGAUAUGACAGCAUCCUGGUCUAAGACAAUGGAAACUCCCGUACUUCAUCAGAUUACCAUGGACGUGAAACCAGGAGAACUUAUUGCAGUAAUCGGCCCCGUGGGCUGUGGCAAGUCCUCGUUACUUCGAGCCUUAAUGAGCGAUCUCACACAGGAAAGUGAGAAAUUCAGUGUGGCUGGUACCUUAUCUUAUGGUUCGCAGCAACCAUGGAUAUUUAAAGAUACGUUGAAAGAAAACAUAAUAUUCGGUAAUACGUUCGAUGAAAAGAAAUAUCAGACAGUGCUCGAAGUAUGUAAUCUUGUACAGGACAUCGCGUCACUUCCAGAAGGGGAUUUGACGUCACUUGGAGAGAAAGGCGAAGUCUUAAGCGGGGGUCAAAGGUCGCGGGUUAGUCUGGCACGUGCAGUGUACCAUAACGCUGAUAUAUACUUGAUAGAAGAUCCAUUCAGCGCUCUAGAUUAUAAAAUAGCCAGGGAUAUAAUGGACAAAUGUGUGUGUGGAUACUUGAGUGGGAAAACACGAAUCUUAGUAACACAUCAGACGCAGUAUCUGGACACAGUUGACAAAGUACUUGUGUUAAAAGAGGGAGAAGUUCUUGCAUUUGGUACCUUGCAAGAAAUUCAGAAUUCUGGCAUUGACUGUGCUGACGUCAUCAGAGAAUGCCAACAAGGCAAACAACGCCGAGUACAGGCUAAACGGCGAUGGGGUCGUUUAGCUGUUACCUUGGUUACGACGGGUGCAUUCAAAACAACUGCACAACAACAGCGUAAACGGAAAAGACUGAAACACAGAUCUGUGACGUCAUUCGGAAAAGGUCACUUCAUGACACUGCCAUCUAGUUACAACGCACAACAGGAGAGUUAUUUGUCAGAAGAUUAUUUAAAGGAAAUUAAGGCGCGCAAAGCUGGAAGGACUGAGCAAGAAGACGAGGCAGCCGAGGACGAGGACGAGACAGAAGAAGAAAGUGGAACGGGUCACGUGGGGUUACGAGUCUAUGCACAUUAUUUGAAAGCAGGAUUUGGCAUAAUUGGUAGCCUUGUUGUUCUACUAAUUAGCAUAUUAGCUCAGGCGUUGUACAUUUCAUCCGAUUGGUGGUUGUCAAUAUGGGUGGAUGGUAAUAUUAUGUUAUUACACACUACUGAAAUCAAUGAUACAUUAAUAGAUAAUGUUACCAUGCCAACGUCGACAGAGCUUGCUAUACAGUACGAUGCAACUAAUGGAAGUACAAAUUCGUCCAUUAUAAAUAUACAGGUACCGAUAUUUGAUGACAGCGCCCUCAGUGAAGAUGAUUACCUGUUUCUCGUUAUCUACUCGUCGUUGGUGGCGGCAUCUAUACUGUUCGGACUAACCAGGACUGUCACGCUAUUCAAAGGCGCCGUGCAUGCGUCUAAAAAUCUGCAUAAUCAGAUGUUUGAUUCAAUAAUGCAAACAUCCAUAUGUUUUUUUGACAACAACCCAACAGGUCGCAUUUUGAACAGGUUUUCCAAAGACGUUGGCAUUACCGAUGAUCUACUGCCGUUUUCGUUCGUUGAUUUCGUUCAGCAUACAAUGAUAUUACUUGGUAUAUUAAUUGUGGUAUUUCUGGUGAAUCCAUACGCCAUACUUCCUACACUUCCACUCAUAGGGAUGUUUGUCUAUCUACGCCGCUACUUUUUAAUGACAUCAAACGACAUCAAACGACUUGAAGGAGUCACUCGAAGUCCUGUAUUUUCCCACAUUUCGAACACUCUUAACGGAAUAUGGACAAUACGUUCAGCCAGGGUUGAACACAAGAUGGAAAAGCAGUUCUUCCAGCACGAGGACAAACACUCAUCUGCCUGGUUUCUGUUCUUAGCAACUACUCGCUGGUUUGCGAUACGAUUGGACAUACUUGUAUGGUCUUUGGACGCAGGAUUUGUCGGUUUAUCACUUGCCUACUCCCUUAAUUUAAUAGGAGUCUUCCAGUGGUGUGUUCGAGCCAGUACUGAUGUAGAGGGUCAGAUGAUAUCGGUGGAACGCAUAAUAGGAUAUACAAACCUGACGCCCGAAUCCGACCCCAACGAAGAAACGCAACCGCCCAUAGACUGGCCAAGUGAUGGCGCCAUUACAUUCAGAGAUGUGUCAUACUCUUAUAGCGAGGAUGGUCCCUUGAUAUUAACUAAUAUUGGGUUCAGCAUAAAACCAAAGGAGAAGGUUGGGGUUGUGGGACGAAGUGGCUCGGGUAAGAGCACAGUGAUAGAAGCGUUGCUGCGCAUGUCCAAACCCACAGGAGUUAUUGCUAUCGACGGAAUUCCAACAACAAACGUUAAGGUUACAGAAUUACGAAAUAGAAUUGCAGUGAUUCCACAGGUACCAAUGCUGUUUAGCGGAACAUUGCGUAUGAAUCUUGAUCCCUCCGAAGAAUACGAUGACGAACAUUUGUGGAAGGUUAUUGACCAGGUUGACCUACGUGACUUAGUGGUAGGAAUGGGCGAAGAAUUUGACAGUGAACUGUGUGAAGGUGGAAGUAAUUUGAGUGUUGGGCAACGACAACUCGUAUGUCUGGCACGUGCUAUACUGCAAGGAACACGAAUACUCGUGAUUGAUGAAGCCACAGCGAAUGUAGACGCCACGACCGAUAUGAAAAUACAGAAGACUAUACGUGAUCAGUUCAAAGAUUGUACAGUGCUUACAAUAGCCCAUCGUUUAAAUACGAUAAUAGAUUCUGAUAGAAUCAUGGUAGUGCAAACUGGCAACGUAAUAGAGUUCGACGAACCUCUCAAAUUGAUGGAAAAAGAAGAAGGCGUAUUCUGUAGCAUGGUAACUGCAUCCAAAAUGAGCAGUAAGAUAAAAUCAAAAUUAAGACAACAUGAACAUAGAAAAGUGAAUGAAGAACAAAAACAUUCAGAAAGCAAAGAACAUGAAAACAACACUGAUAUUCCAAACGGCGGUGCUUCAGUUGAUGUAACAAGAAGUGGUUCUACUGACACUACAGGGCUGGACAAUGACACGAUAGUCUGA